GUAAGGUUGGAGGUUUUUAUUGCAUGUCACUGGAUUGGAGCUUUGCGAGACUGUCUAGAGCUCGACAACUUCCUUGUCACGACGCCCUUCUCUAGAUCUGAAGGCUACUGUGCUGCCAGCGUCAGAUCCUCGAUACCUUGUAUUGAUCAGAAUCUUAGAAUUUUUUCUGGAUUUUGUAUUGAAACAAACGCAGCGCAAAGGCACUGGCGAUGAAGUUGACUGCAAUAGCCCUCCUAAAGUGGAAUGGAGAGAGGGAACCAUACCUGUUCGGCAUUGCAGCAGACCUGUCCAACUUCGGAUUUUUCCAGCGUGGCAGCGUCAAGGAAAUGCUGACCUUUGUCUCCAGAACUGUAUCAAAGCGCACCCUUGUCGGACAGCGCCAGACAGUCCAAAACGAGGAGUACUACUGCCAUGCCUACAACAGAGACGGCCUGGUUGGCAUAGCAUUUGUGGAUAAGGACUACCCAGCUCGGGCAGCGUUUGGGAUAGUGACCAGGGUGCUGGACGAGUACUCAGACCAGUCGAGGGAUGCCUGGCGAACAGCGACAGCGGACACGAACGAUGCUGUUUCCAUGCUCGAAGCAGCUGUGUCCAAGUACCAGGAUCCAGCCCAGGCGGACAAGCUCACAAAGAUUCAGCGCGAUUUGGACGAGACCAAGGUGGUGCUGCAUAAGACGAUUGAGAGCAUGCUGGAACGUGGAGAGAAGCUGGACACGCUAGUCGACAAGUCCUCGGACCUGUCCAUGGCCAGCCAGAUGUUCUACAAGCAGGCUCGCAAGACAAAUUCCUGCUGCAAGAUGAUGUAG